AUGCGCUUCAUCAGCCUCAUCCUCGUUGCUCUCAUGAGCAUCUUCGUCGACUCCGUCCUCGGCGCUGCUUGCUUCUCCGAAAAGGCCAGCGGAAGCUGCUUGACCAAAGCCCGUCUCGGAACCGCCAUCAAAACCUACUGCAAGAACAACUGGCGCCAGACCACCACCAACUGGCGUCCAUGGAAGGGUGAUAACGGCGCCAUGGGCCAGAUCGGUCAUCUCGGCGUGUUCAAGACUGAAGCCGCCUGCCGUCGUCUCGGAAACCAUGUCGUUAACAAGUGCUAUGGCGGUCCCAAGGGUGGUGCUGCUGAGAAGGCCGGAGCUGCUAUCAACAUCAUCUGGUGCCCCUUUUCGUCUCAGUAAACUCACCUCACUAGUUCACUAGUUGGUGGGAUGAGCUGAUGUGAUGUACUCUGUUAGGAGGUCAGUGGUAUCACGAGGUCAAGAAGUCAAGAAUCCAAAAUGAUAUCUAAUGUACCGAGACCAAGAAAUCAAGUCAAGUCAAAAUUCGUUCAUUCAUUUGUAACCUGUAGGCCUGCUCCGAUCAGAGUAACAUGAAGCUUGAAGAAAAGAAGAAGCAAACAUGGAAGGGUAUAAUAUAUA